CGCUGAGACAGUUCUCUCUCUCUUUAACGUAGCUUAGGUUCUCCUCCCUCCCUCUCUUUCUCUCUCUCUGAGAAGGAAGAAAGAUCGUAGGAGAAACGAGAAAGCUCUGUCUAGAAUCCAUACUGGCUUAAUGCAGAUAAAUCUGAAGCAGAUCCCUUAAUUUUCUAUGUUCUUGAAUGAUUUAUAGGCUUAUUUUGUCAUCUUAUCUGGAUUAAAAAUGGGGGAUGAUUGUUGUUCUACGCAACUAAUCGACGGCGAUGGCGAAUUCAAUGCCACUGGCCUCGAAAAUUUUAGCAAAACUGUAAAGCUCGUUGAAUGCGGACUCUCCUAUGCGGUGGUGGCGAUCAUGGGCCCGCAGAGCAGCGGUAAAAGCACUCUAAUGAACCAUCUUUUCCAUACCAAUUUCAGGGAGAUGGACGCUUUCAAGGGAAGGAGUCAGACUACUAAGGGCAUAUGGAUGGCAAAGUGUAUCGGUAUUGAACCUUGCACAAUUGCCAUGGAUUUGGAGGGUACUGAUGGUAGAGAAAGAGGGGAGGAUGAUACUGCCUUUGAAAAACAGAGUUCCCUAUUUGCUUUGGCAAUUUCAGAUAUUGUACUGAUAAACAUGUGGUGUCAUGAUAUUGGUCGGGAGCAGGCUGCCAAUAAACCACUUCUUAAAACAGUUUUUCAGGUCAUGAUGCGCUUAUUUAGUCCUCGCAAAACAACACUGCUGUUCAUUAUUCGUGAUAAAACAAGGACUCCACUUGAGAAUUUAGAGCCAGUCCUAAGAGAAGAUAUUCAGAAGAUAUGGGAUAAUGUCUCUAAGCCUCAAUCUCACAAGGAUACUCCUCUCAGUGAAUUUUUUAAUGUGGAAGUGACAGCUUUAGCCAGUUUUGAAGAGAAGGAAGAGCUAUUCAAAGAGCAGGUUGCACAGUUACGGCAGCGCUUUUUCCAUUCUAUUGCUCCAGGAGGGCUUGCUGGGGACAGACGUGGUGUUGUCCCUGCUUCAGGGUUUGCUUUCAGUGCACAGCAAAUAUGGAAAAUUAUAAAGGAGAACAAGGACCUUGAUCUUCCUGCACAUAAGGUAAUGGUUGCAACAGUUCGAUGUGAAGAGAUUGCCAGUGAAAGUCUCAGCCAUUUGACUUUAGAUGAGGGUUGGAUAGAGCUAGAAGCAGCUGUUCAGGCUGGGCCAGUGCCAGGCUUUGGGAAAAAUCUCAGUUCAAUUUUAGAAAAAUAUCUAUCAGAGUAUGACAUGGAAGCAAUUUUCUUUGACGAAGGUGUUAGAAAUGCAAAACGAAAAGAGUUGGAGUCGAAGGCAUUACAUUUAAUGAAUCCUGCUUACCAAACAAUGCUAGGACAUCUGCGUUCUCUGUCCCUUGAUAAUUUCAAGAACAGAUUGGAAGGAUUAAUAAAUAGAGGAGAAGGAUUUGCCACAUCUGUUCGUACCUGUACUCAGUCUUCCUUACUUGACUUUGAUCAUGGUUGUGAAGAUGCUGCUAUUCAGCAGGCAAAUUGGGAUGUUUCAAAAGUCAGGGAAAAGUUUUGUCGAGACAUUGAAGCACACGUUGAAUCUAUUCGUAAUGCAAAGCUGUCGGAAAUGAUAACUAAGUAUGAGAAGCAACUCACUGAAACACUUACUGAACCUGUCGAAUCCUUAUUUGAAGCUGCUGGAAAGGACACUUGGACACUGAUAAGAAGACUUGUUGGACGUGAGACUGAAGCUGCUAUAUCAGAAUUUUCAACGGUCCUUACUGGUUUUGAGUUCGAUCAAGCAGAAUUUGAUAAACUGGUACAGAAUCUGCGUGUCUUUGCAAGAAGUAUCGUGGAGAAAAAAGCAAAAGAAGAAGCUGGAAAAGUCUUGAUUCGCAUGAAGGAUAGGUUCUUAACAAUCUUCAGUCAUGAUAAGGAUUCAAUGCCAAGAGUUUGGACUGGAAAAGAAGAUAUUCGGGCAAUUACAAAAGAAGCCCGUGCUUCGGCGCUGAAGCUUUUAUCAGUUAUGGCAGCCAUUCGCUUGGAGGACAAACCAGAUAAGAUUGAAAAUGUUAUUUUUUCUUGUCUUAAGGAUUCAACUGUUGGUUUUCCUGUAUCCAAUGAUAGGAGCAUGGGAACUUCUGUGGAUCCACUUGCUUCAAGCACAUGGGAAGAGGUUCCUCCAAAUAGAACACUGAUUACUCCAGUGCAAUGUAAGUCCUUGUGGAGACAGUUCACAGUAGAGACUGAGUAUACUGUUACUCAAGCCAUCUCUGCACAGGAAGCGCUCAAGGAAAGUAAUAAGUGGUUACCUCCUCCAUGGGCAAUUGUUGCACUACUGAUUCUUGGUUUUAAUGAAUUCAUAAUGAUUUUGAAGAAUCCUUUUUAUCUCAUGGCAUUCUUUGUCAUUGGCUUACUGGCCAAGGCUCUCUGGGUACAACUUGACAUUGCAGGGGAAUUCCGCAAUGGUGCUCUACCAGGUCUACUUUCUAUUUCAUCAAGGUUCUUCCCUACUGUUAUGAACCUUCUGAGAGCACUAGCUGAAGCAGGCCAAGGGGGUCCAACCCCUGAACCACCCAGACAAUACCCAGCUCCGGUUUCUCAGAGUUUCCGGAAUCAAACACAGACUCAAACUCUUUUGACAGAAACAGUACCUGACUCAUCUGUAUCAUCUAAUGUCUCAUCAACUGAGAGUGGUUUUGAAUACUCAAGUUCACAAGUGACACAUAGGCGAGUUGGUAACACUGAAGAAACAACAAAUUCAUGAUCAGUGCUAUGAAAAAGCUAGAUCUGCAGACUGCAGCCAAGGGAGGGAGAUGGUAAACGCUCCAUUUUAGGAGUCCGUGGGAUAGGAUCGGAAUGUAAACCUUUAAUGUGAAAUCUGAAAGGGGUUCUUUUUUGGGAGACUGCAUGCCUUUGCAUGUAUGUCUUAGGUGAUAUAUCUUUCCUUACGAAUUUGCAUACAGUUAUGUUAAUUAUAUAAGAAAAGAGGCUUUGUUUUAAUGUUA